AUGGUGAAUGCAACAGUAAGAGAAUUCAUUCUGCUUGGAUUCUACGAGAUUCCGGAAGCACAGCUGGUUUUAUUCGUGACGUUUAUGAUAAUCUACGCAGCGACUAUCGUUUCAAACCUUCUCACUCUAGCCGUGAUCUACCUGGACCCACAUUUGCACAGCCCCAUGUAUAUCCUUCUAUGUAACAUGUCCGUCAUAGAUCUUUCCUUCAGCACAAUGGUCCUGCCCAAGUUCUUGGACAUCUGUCUCACUGGACACAAUGUAAUCACUUACACGGGUUGUAUCGUUCAGGUCUUUUUCUUUGUUGUACUUAUGGUAGCUGAAUACUUCAUUUUGGCAGCUAUGGCAUAUGACCGUUACGUGGCUAUAUGCGUUCCUUUACGUUACGCGAAUCUAAUGAGCAUCAGAGUGUGUGUGGCGAUGGCAUCUACGUCUUGGAGUAUAGGAGCAAUGGAAGGUGUUCUAUUUGUUGUCUUGAUAUCAUUCUGUACGUUCUGUAAAUCCAAUGAAAUCAAUCACUUGUUUUGUGAUCUCAAACCUUUGAUCAAGCUCUCUUGCAGCGACACUAAAACCAUAGAGACCACCAUUCUUGGUAUUGGUUCAUUCAUCGGCUUUCUUCCCUCAAUGUUUACCCUGGUAUCUUACACCUGUAUCAUCUUAACAAUCUUGAAUAUUCCGUCUCGGAAGGGCAGGACCAAGACAUUCUCUACGUGCUCCUCACAUCUUACGGUCAUCGUUAUUUUCUACGGAACGGUCCUUGGCAUGUACAUGAGGCCGAAAUCGAAAUAUUCCAUGGAUCAGGACAAAGUUCUGGCCGUUCUCUAUGCAGCGGUGAUUCCCAUGGUUAAUCCCCUUAUCUACAGCCUGAGAAACACAGAGGUCAAGAGUGCCGUGCGUAAAAUAGGAGACAGAUACAUUCGCAAUAUGUAG